AUGGAACAAAGGAACAAUGUAACAGAGUUUGUCCUCUUGGGGCUCACUCGGAGUGUCCAGGGUCAGAAAAUAUUAUUUGUCAUUUUCCUGCUUAUCUACAUUGUGACAAUGGUGGGCAACUUACUCAUUGUCAUGAAUGUGGUGGUCAGCUCAAUGCAGAAUGCCCCUAUGUACUUCUUUCUUGGCUAUUUAUCAUUUAUGAAUGCUGUUUAUUCAACUAUAGUCACUCCAAAUAUGAUUAUAGCCUUGCUGUGUGAGAAGAAAACCAUUUCCUUCCAAGCUUGUAUGACCAAGCUGUUUAUAGGACACUUAUUUGGCGGUGCUGAUUUAUGCCUCCUGGUGGUCAUGGCCUAUGACCGCUAUGUGGCCAUCUGUAAACCCUUGCAUUAUCUGACAAUCAUGAAUAAGCGAGUGUGUGCUCUGCUGCUGCUCUUGGCCUGGGUUGGUGGGCUUUUGCAUGCUGUAAUUCAUCCUCUCUCUGUUUACAACCUUCCCUAUUGUGGCCCAAAUGUCAUUGACCACUUCAUCUGCGACAUGUACCUCUUGUUAGAACUUGCCUGCACUGACACCCAUGUUAUUGCCCUCAUAGUGCUGGCCAACGAUGGGGCGAUCUGUAUGGUCAUCUUCACACUGUUACUCAUCUCCUAUGGGGUCAUUCUGUACUCCCUGAAGAAUCUUAGCCAGGAAGGCAGGCGCAAAGCCUUAUCCACCUGUGGCUCCCCCAUUACUGCCAUGCUCCUCUUCUUUGUGCCCUGUAUUUUUACGUAUGUGAGACCUCCUUCCACCUUAUCCAUUGAUAAAUCCUUGACUGUGUUUUAUACCAUUAUUACCCCUAUGCUGAACCCUCUAAUCUAUACUCUGAGAAAUGGAGAGUUGAAAAAUGCCAUGAAAAAGCUCUGGAUCAGAAAAAGAAAAUGA